CGUCAUCCCUUAAGCAAACGCCGUCACUCCGCCCCACUGCUACCUCCCACCCCCACUUGUCGGAAUGGCCCUCACAGCCGCCGUCUCCGUCUCCGUCCCCACCGCCGUCACUCCGCUACCUCCACUCCGCCGCCGCCUCCUCUCCCCAUCCUCCUCGAGGGCGGUCGCUUCUAGGGUUCUCAGGGCUUCCGCAGCGAUGGCCACCGCGGUGCAGCCGGCGGUGGUGGUGGGCGGCGGGCGCGUGGGGCAGGCGCUGCUCGGCAUGGGGCCGCUCGGCGGGGACGUGCUGGUGGGCCGCGGCGAGAAGGUCCCCGACGGCGCGCCCGCUGGGCCCAUACUGGUGUGCACCCGCAACGACGACCUCGACGGCGUGCUCGAGGCCACCCCCAAAUCGCGGUGGCGCGAUUUGGUGUUCUUCCAGAACGGGAUGCUGGAUCCGUGGUUCGAGAGCAAGGGGCUGGUGGGAGCGAACCAGGUGUUGGCGUACUUCGCCGUGUCCAAGGUUGGAGAGCCACCCAUCGACGGGAUCACUGACACCAACCCGGAGGGGCUGACCGCUGCGUUUGGCAGCUGGGCUCCAGCGGUGGCUGCUCGCCUGCAAAAUGGCGGGCUUACCUGCAAGGUGCUUGAAAAGGAAGCCUUUCAGAAGCAAAUGCUAGAAAAGUUGAUAUGGAUUUCAGCUUUCAUGCUUGUUGGAGCUCGUCAUCCAGGGGCUACGGUUGGUGUGGUUGAAAAAGAAUAUCGAUCCGAGGUUUCCAGCCUGAUAGCGGAAUUAGCAUCUGCUGCAGCUGCAGAGCGGGGGCUUAUGUUUGAUGAAGGCAUAGAAGAGAGGCUUUGUGCCUACUCCAGAGCUGUGGCACAUUUCCCCACUGCUGUGAAAGAGUUCAAGUGGAGGAAUGGUUGGUUUUACUCUCUUACUGAAAAGGCACUCGCACAAGGAAAGACAGAUCCGUGCCCACUCCACACAGCUUGGCUCAAGGAGAUUAAGGUCAUAUAGAGAAUUUUCAUGUACACAGUAUGCCGUCUUGGGUUGAACUCCUGAUGCAGUUUUAAUUAAGUGUUUAACCGUUGAUGUCAUCUAUAAACUGUAGAGAGAACUGUGCAUUUUAUUUAUGUACAUGUGUCAAAAAUUAUCUUGUGUGUGAAAAUUUAGUUCUCAAGGAGUUUGUUUACUGUCCUGGAGGCUGGAGUUCGCAUUGCCGCUAGAUGCACGUGAGGUUUGCUACCAUCUGUAUCUGCAAGUUAGAUUAACAUAGUGGCGUGUUGUGCAAA